CCUAAAGGUGCUGAAUAUCAUUACGGCUCUGACACAACGCCCAUCGCCAAGCGCCCAGAGCGGAUCCUGGCUUCCCUGGCUGCACCUUACUGUAGAGAUCGCCUGGAAAAAAAAAAAAAACCUAGAGGCGUGCGAAGCGGCUUGGCGGGCAGUGACUCCGACUGUGAAAGAGGGAGUUCACCAAGAGACUCUGUGUGUGUGUGUGUUGUGUGUGUGUGUGUGUGUGUGUGCGUGUGGCGCCUGCCCAGGGGAUAUGGACUCCGAUACCAGUCUGGUGUCCAGCCGCCCAUCCUCACCGGAGACGGAUGACAUCUUCCUUACAGCGCGGAGCAAGGGUAGCGGCGGCGGCGGUGGCGGUGGCUUCUCCGGGGGCACUGUCUCCUCUUCUACACCAAACGAUUGCCAGCCAGAACUAAGCGCGGAGCUUCGAAACGCCAUGGGCGCGGCGGGCGUGCACCCGGGGGACAAGCUGGGCGGCGGCUGCUUUAAGUCUUCCUCCUCCACCACCUCUUCUUCCUCUUCCACCUCAUCGUCUUCUUCGGUCGCAUCUUCUACCAAGAAAGACAAGAAGCAGAUGACAGAGCCGGAGCUACAGCAGCUUCGGCUCAAGAUCAACAGCCGGGAGCGCAAACGGAUGCACGACCUCAACAUCGCCAUGGACGGGCUUCGUGAAGUCAUGCCGUACGCGCACGGGCCCUCGGUGCGCAAGCUCUCCAAGAUCGCUACUCUUCUUCUGGCCCGCAACUACAUCCUCAUGCUUACCAACUCCUUAGAGGAAAUGAAGCGGCUGGUCAGUGAGAUCUACGGCGGCCACCACGCUGGUUUCCACCCCUCAGCCUGCGGGAGCUUGGCACAUUCGGCGCCCCUGCAAGCAGCCGCUGCGCACCCAGCAGCGGCAGCAGCGCACGCCUCCCAUCACCCCGCAGUGCAUCACCCAAUAUUGCCGCCCGCUGCGGCGGCGGCAGCUGCAGCUGCCGCAGCCGCGGCCGUCUCCAGCGCCUCCCUUCCAGGCUCUGGCCUCUCAGCGGUCAGUUCUAUCCGACCCCCGCAUGGCUUGCUUAAGUCGCCCUCGGCAUCCGUGGCCAACCCGUUGGGUAGUGGAGGGGGAGGCGGUGGCAGUUUCCAGCACUGGGGUGGGAUGCCCUGCCCGUGUAGCAUGUGUCAGGUGCCACCACCUCACCAUCACGUUUCCGGUAUGAGCACGACCAGCCUCCCCAGACUCACUUCCGACGCCAAAUGAGAUCAGCCAGAGCCAACUGAGGUUUUGGAAAGGGCCCUGAGUGGGGACGGAGAGAGUGAGGGGCAGAGUAGCUCCAGCUGUGGAACUGGAGAAAAAGGGAGAGAGGAAAAGAUGAAGGACUCUAGACUGUGAAUCUCCUAGGGACCGAAGAGACAGAGGCCCGAGUUGCAGGGGUCGGUGACCUUUUCCCUGUGGCCUUUGCCAGCCCUCCCGGACCUAAAAACAAAACAAAACACUCGUUUGAUAAGGCAAUUUAAAGAAGGCACUGGCAACUUCCACUUCUAUGUUCCCUUUCUCUUCACCGGGCAAGACACUGUUUCUUCACUGCUCAUUGAAGCUGAACAGGAUCUGACAACACUUGGCGCCGAUUUUUUUUAUUUUCUUCUCUCCCUCCCCCAGUUUCUUCUCCCCAUGGAUCAUUAGGUCAGAGACCCAGGAAAACUGAGACCGAGACGUGCUAAGAUCUGGUUGCAACAGGCAGACUCGGACACAUUCCUAAUACGAGUUCUUAGUCUCCCCCUUGUAAAGGAGAAGUUGGAAGGCGGUAUUCUGUACAGGGCAUACUUGUUCUUUCCAUUUUCAGUAAUUGUGUACACCCACAACUCACCGUGAAUCAUGGCAAUUUUUUCUUUGUUGUCGUUGUCGUUUUGUUUUGUUUUACCCAGGGUUGUUCUUGUCGUUCAUUUGAGUUUUUUGUUAUUGUUGUUGGCUUUUUAAAAAAAUGUGAAUUUUCUUUUUCAAAAGAGGAGACUUGGUAGGCAAAGUGAGAAGAGACGCUUUUGAACUGGAAGUAACCAAAAACGGCCAAUGCCUUUUUGGUGGUUCUUAAUUACAUUUUUAGAAAGGCAUUUUACUCCUCUCUUUCUACCUUUUCUGUUGCAGAUCACAAAAUGUGAAGGUGGUUUGGUUUCUUGGUUUCUUACCUGAAGUUCCACAUCCGGUAGUUUGAAAGAACUAAAAAGUUGUUGCUGUAAAUGUAGUAAUUUUUGUUUGUUUUUUUUACAAAAGUUUCUCUUGUGAAGUUGUAAAUAUAAUGUCAGAUGAUGAAAUGUGUUCUUUUUUGCCGGAGCUUUCUGUUUCUACAUGUGUGCUGUAUGAAGCUCGUGUACGUCUGAGGUUUUCUUUUAUUAAUGUUUUCUUUAGGCCACAUUUAACAAAGUUAUGACAAACUUUCAGUGUGCUUUCUAUGUCAAAACAGAACAGAACAGAAUCCACAUUACCUUGCUGUAAUACUUAGUGCUGGGCUUCUUAGCAUCUGCAAUAUAACACCAUUUUUCUUAUCGCUGCUCCCUGCAGAGAUUUUAUCAUCUGUUUUAUUUUUGUAAAAAAAAAUGCUAAAUAAUAUUUAUUACUUGUUUGGUUGCGAAAACAUAAAAUAAA